AUGGUUUGUCUCAAUCCACAAAGAAUAUUUGAAUCAGAAAAUUUCCAUUUAAUUGAACAACAUGUUUUAUCCUCAAUCCUUAAAAGAGAUGACUUAUCCCUAAAUGAAUUUGAGAUCUGGAAUCAUAUCAUAAAUUGGGGAAUUUACAAUAAUGAUGACUUUGGAGAAAGUGAGAAUGUUCAUGAAUGGUCAGAUAAAGAGUUUAAAUCAUUAGGAGAAACUUUAAAAGAAUUGAUCCCCUUGAUUAGAUUCUCUAAUAUGAAAUAUAAAGAGUUUCAUGAUUAUGUCAUACCAUAUAAAAAGAUCCUAUCAAGUUCCUUUUUAACAGAUUUGGAAAAAAAGUUUGAUUCUUUGAUAACAAAUCAGACUUUAAAUGGACCAACUAGAAUUUUGCUAUCAAGAAAGAUAGAUUCAAGAAUAAUUAGAUAUGAUAAUGCAUUAAAAGUUGAAACUUGGAUCAGUAGAUCAGAUGGUACAAUAUCUGAAACCACCAUACUUAAAUAUCAAUGGAAACUAUUAUUUAGAGCAAGCCUUAAUGAAAAAGAAGAUUAUUGCGUUGAUGCUAAAGGAAGUUUUAUCUAUUACUUUGAAAGUUUAUCUAAUGCUAAAAUCAGUAGGGUUAAAACUGACAUGUUUUAUGCUAUACCUCAACAUAAAUUUUGUGGUCCGGAAUUCGGUAUGAUUGAUUUUUCUAUUGUGGAUUGUUGUAAUGAAUAUAAAAAUAAUUCUUGUAAUCCUAGUAGUAAGUAUGAGAAUACUUUUACUAUUGGUGAUUUUUGUGUAGAGGAUUAUGAAGUUUUUCAAAUUUUAAACAAAUGA